AUCUGCUUUGAGCAGAGAUGAGGGUCCAGCCCCUUUCCUCUCGCAGGCUGUCUAGAUCUCUGACCUGCAGGUGAGCGGCUGCAUUGGCUACUCCCACUUGCAGGGCCUUAGGAGGAGGCUGCGUGCCUGCAGUGGAAGCAGGUUCACAGCUCCUCCUCAGAGAUCCCCAAGAGCUCCUCAGGCUGCUGAUUUCUCACAGCAGCCUGGCCAUCUGCUCCAGCAGCUCCUUGAGCAGGGUGCACCUGCAACCAGGUUCUUUUAACUGAACAAGCUCACAGGUAUGGUGAGAUAUUUCCUUUACUGCAAUCUAAAUGGAAAUCACAGUGAGUUGGAUGGCCUACUGCUGUUCUUCUCCCGUGCCAGAGAAGGCCAUAUCUCCCAGCACCACCAAAGGUCGUCCAUGCAGCCCAGCGCUGUGGGAGGCGGUUCCGCCCAACACCGUGACGUCUCUACCACCCAACACAGCUUCAAGCCACUGCGCGCCACCCUCCAUUACGUGCUGGGGGCACAGGGUCGCUCUGCCCCAUAGCGCAGAAGGCCGCAGCCCCACCCUCCACUAUGAGCUGGGCCAGAAGGCCGCACCGUCCAAUAGCAGUGAAGGCCACUGCCCCACCCGCCAUUAUGACCUGGGCCAGCACACAGUAUAAAAGGCCGCUGGCGCACCCUGCCACGGCAUUCACUGUCGGCACACCCUCGCGACAGGGACGAGAGGCAGUGGGCGCUACGGGGUCAGGGGCAGCUGUCCCUGCAGACCCCAGGAAGGAGAGCGACUUUCGGUGGCCUUUGGCCACAGCUUUUGGAGGCCGAGGGUCUCUUCAGAUCCGCGUGGCCAUGCUGCGGGAGGCAGCAAAGCGGGAGCAGCAGCUCCUGGCCAACCAACUGCGCUGUGCCUGGGAGAAGCAGCAGGCCCAGGAGGAGCAGCGGCUGAAGGAGCGGGAGCAGUGGCAGCGGGCGACGGAGACGCGGCAGCUGCUGCGCUGGAAGGAGGCCGAGCUGCACGCCACCAAGGAGCUGCUGCAGCGGGAGUGCGAUGCCGCCCUGCGCCAGGCUCGGGAGCUGCAGCAGCUGCUGGCCCAGGAGCUGAGGAGCCCCCACAGGAGCAUCUGGGAGGCCCGCGCCAAGCUGCAGGACGUCCUCAGCAAGCUGCGCUGGGAGACGGAUGGUGAGCAGCCCGCCUGCAUCCGCCACCUCCAGCAUCAGCUGGAGCUGGAGAGGAGGCUGUUCAACCAAUACAUCGUGGGGAGCUGGGAGGGCGAGCCCAAGCUCGUGGACAGCCAUGCUGCAAAGGACGCUCACGUCCAGGUGCCAGAGACGGCCAAGGAAGACCUGGGGCUCCCAGGCAGACGGCCCUCUACCAACCGGGGCCCGGGGCAGCUCCUGGCCGACCGCCUGCGCUCCAAGUGGGAGCGGGAGCGGGCGUCAAAGCUGCAGCGCCUGCGCGAGCAGAGCCAGAGGCAGCGGGAGACAGAGAUCCGCCAACUGCUGCGGGCGAAGGAGGCCCAGCUCCGCCAGAUGCAGGAGCGGCUGCAGAAGCAGCGCAAUGACACCGUGCGCCAGGCAUGGCAUCUGCAGCGGCAGCUGGUGGAGGAGCUGCUGAGGGGCGACAGCAGCAGCGGGGAGCGCAGAGUGCAGCAGGAAGUCCAGCGGCAGCUCUGCUGGAAGCCCCGUGGAGAGCAGGCCGCCCACGUGCUGCGCCUCCAGCGGGAACUGCAGGAGCAAAGGAGAGGCUUCCUGCAGUACAUCCUGCAGCACGGUGAGGGCCAGCCGCCCGUCUCCUGCAACGGGGCCAGGGCCUGCCAUCGGGCUGUAGCAGAGGUGGGCGUUCAGGCUGCAGAGCAACAAGAGGCCUGCCCACCUGAGCGCACGGAGCUGCAGGAGCAGGACGCUCUUCUGCUGAGGGAGCUGAAGGACCUGCAGAGACAGUGCAGCCUCCUUCAAGAGGAGAUCUGCCUGCUGAGGAGCAGAAGCUCUCAGCAGAUGAGGCAGGAGGUGGAGCGGUGCGAGGACAAGAGGCGUACGCUCAGCCUCCUCAGCAAGCAGCUGCAGGAAGGAGUCCGGCAGCUCAAGGAGGCCUCUUCCACAUCCAGCGAGGCCUCAGAAAAGGCAGAGCAAGUCAACCAGCUACAGGGACGGCAUUUGGAAAAGGAGAAUUGGAGAAAGCUGGAGCCGCACGGAAACCCAGAGCAGGAAUGCUCCAACCCACAGGAGAGGUUGGAGGAGUCGGAAGUGCGGCUGAUGGCAGUCUGCAGCCUGCAUUCUCGCAGACCGCCAUCAUCACCACCACUAAUUCGAAGAUUCUUAGCUCGUCACAGCUACAAUCCUUUUGAGGGCCCUAAUGAGGACCCAGAAAACGAGCUUCCGCUGACUGCGGGACAAUACGUUUACAUCUCUGGAGACGUGGAUGAGGAUGGCUGGUUGCUGGGAGAGCUGACGGACGGCACAAGAGGACUGGUGCCUUCCAGUCUGGUGGAAGAAGUUUCAGACGAUGACCAGGACACAACCGUGCCUCCAGAGCUUCGUGAUCUCCUGCUGGAUCCCGAUGAUGAAGAGAGACCGGGCAGCAGGAGCGGUGGCAGAAGGUGAUGGUCACCACCCAGAAAUCUGUGUCCGUCUGUUGGCUGAUCCUGGGGGACGCAGAGAUUCCUCUCCAUCAGACAGCAACAUCCCAUCAAAAUUCCACCUUUGUGGAUGAAGACUACCUCCUGCUCCACUUCACAUUCAAGUGGAGCGUGGUCCAUCAGCAGCAAGACCUUGAACAUUCAUCAGCUGUAUGACUGAGAAUUCGUUACAUUGGACUGGACUAAGACAACAAAACACAACAACACGACAACAACAACACCAACACCAAAAAUAUUAUUAAAAAAAAAAUACAAAAUAACCAAACCCAAAAAAAAGCGUGUACAGUCCUCUUGUUUUCUGGCAAUCCGCUUUCCUGGUUCUCCAGGGAAGGUUUUGGAGGGAACAAGUGAUAGCUCUGAACUGCCUGCCUUCCAAGUAAGGACGAGUCGUGCUCAGGACCCCCACGGUCCUGGGGGACGUUCCAAGAGGCAGCAGGCAGAGAGAAGAAAAGCUCAGGACAGCUACAAGGAAGAAUCUUUGCGAUGAGCUGCUCUUCUCUUGUGCUAUCCUUUGUAAGGCAGAGGGGCAGCCACACAGCCCUGCAUUCUAGUAAUUACUGAAAAAAACCCCACACUAAAUACAGUCACAGGAGCAAGAAAUUUACAUAUGUGGUCCUUGUCAAUAGGAUAAAUCGUUUCUCUAAAGCAGUUUUAAAUUUACCAAUAAAAAUAAAUUAUACCAUGUGGUAACUAAAGACCGAAUUGCUUACCCAUUUCUGAGAUACCUGUUUUAGAAAACACUCGAAACAGACAUAUUUCCAGAUUGAGACUUCUCCUUCGUGGCAGCUGGCCUUUAAAUAUGGUGAAGGAGGGGUGGAACAAGGCUCCAAGGAGUUGUCGCACAGGUGAAUUGUUUGUAGUUGUGCUUCAUAGCACAGCAUGUUUUGAUGAAGAUUAAAGCCUGGGAAAUAAGAAAGAGUACUUUUAUACCUCUUUCUUUUUUCUGUUAGUUGACUGCAGUUCCAACCAGCUGGACCUUGCAAAGGACACCUGGAAGCACAUAGAGGCAGGAAGCUCAGCACCCUGCAACCUCCAUGUGACAGACAGUAGCCAAGGAGGCCUUUGGGCUCUGCAGGGUCAUUGUUUGGAGCAUUACAUGCAGGAACAGCUGAGAAUAAAGAUGAUGGCAGAGCUACAGAGCUAACUAUCAUGAAGAGGCACAGUGGCUCAGCUGAUUUCCCACCAUAACACAGGAAAUAAGAGCCACGAGGAAAAUGUGGGCACAAUUUCCUUUUUUGUUCUGUCCCAUGUCUUCUUCCCACGUCAGAGGGGAGGAAUGGCUGCGCUUCCCCUGAGACGUUCCUCUCACAGCUACGCACCCCUCAGGUUGUAACAUUCCCAGCUGCAGGAUGAGAAAACCAGUUGCAAAAGUGUGUGUGCACAGGAGUGUGCAAAGGAGUGGGGUUGCAAAAGUGUGUGAGUGCAUGUUGGAGUGUGUGCAAGGACAGGGUGGUACAUGUGUGUGCAUGUGCAGGUGGGGAAUGUAAGGAUGGGGUUGCGCGCAUUUGUGUGAGCACAGAGGUGUGCAAAACGGUGGGCGAUUGGUAUUUGCAAGAAGUAAGCGUGACAGUACUAAAGUUGUAAGGAAGCCUCCCACAUCAUCAGCAAACACAAGCUUUCUGAAACAUAUAUUUUUUUUAAUAUUGAGUUUUUUUCCCUCACUUCAUGUAAAAAGCCAACUUUAGUUUCAAAAUGUUGUAGAUUAAAGGUACAUAGAUAAAACACAAGAAUGCUCUAUGCCACUCUGGCUGCAGUGAACUCAAAUUUACUGGAACCAGGCUGGGCCUGGCAAGACAUCUCCCCAUCCUCUACCCUUGUCUUUCGGAUUCUAGUAACUUUCUGUGACCUGUGCAAGAAGUUUCGUGGCAUUUCAGUCUAGAUCUUUAUAUAUACUGAUCAAUGUCAGCUUUUAGUAAUAAUAUGAAAAGCAAUUGGAGCUGAUGGUUGUGUAAUAGCUGGAGUGAUAUAAUGCCUGUCAAGUAGAAAUCAGACCAAAUGAAGCAGACCUGUUGCUGUUCCCUGGUUUGGUGUCUUGAGCAGUGCUGGCGGCUACACAAUCUGAUCCUACUGGUUAAGGCAAUUGCAUGAAAAACACCUUGAAAAAUGCUGUAUUUUGUUUGUGAGAGGAAAAAAAAAUAAAAGGAUGCUUCUAGGAUAAAGCAUGACAUCUCAUUGCCUGAGGAUAGGGAGGCCCUUCAGAGGGAUCUAGAUAAG